AUGGCGUCGGGCGGCCGAGUGGUGGGGGGGCGGAGGGCAGCAGGCGUGGACUCGUCGCACAACGAGCGCUUCUAUGAGGAGCACGACUGGGAGCGCCGCGUCAGGAAGCGAAGGGCCAUGAUAUCGGCCACCGAGGACGCCUUCACGCACAUCAAACGCCAACCUCAUCUCAUGAACACAGGUGGCGGCGUGUUAAUGGAACCGGAGGAAGCAGCAGCUGCGGUGUUCCCUGGGUUGGCUCGGGCACUGCAGAAGUAUCUGCGAGUCACCAGACAGCAACCUUGGCAUUCGCCUGACAGCAUUCUACAGCAUCUGGCGCACUGCCUUGCUCACGACCUGUCGCCUCAGGCAUUCCUACAGCCUUACAUGCAGCCGGCGCCCGUGCUGAUGAACGAAAAGGAGCGCGUACCGGUGCAGACGUGGUCGCUGGUGUGCGGCGAGCUACUUCGCCCGCUGCGCCCCGGCUGCUCGUUCCAGCUGCGACAGAAGGAUGUGUCGCUGCUCUGCCAGGUGGUCGCACUGCCCCACCUCAACCUCACCGAGGAGGUCAUCGACCCCACCAGCAACCGGUUUGUUCUACGGUUGAACUCGGAGACGUCCGUUUGACGGCCGCCAAGGGGUGGGGGGUAGGCUAGUAAGACUUGUAAAUUUCUUUGAAACAGACCCUUGUCUAUCUGAAAACAGUGGGCCCUCUAGCAAUUGAAGGAUAAAAGCAGUACAGCAGAUUACGGUUGGGAGGUUAUAAACAGUACAGUGUUGAUCCAGCAAUGUGUCUUAGUAAGGUUUUAAGAGUUAUUUUUUGUAUUGACAUUCAAUCGAUGGCGAGGCAUUAUUUUUAUUUGAUUUGACGUAUCUUAAAUUGAAUUAAUGUAAUUUCAAUUUGAAGACGAAAAUUUUAA